AUGGCUCUAGCAGGCCGCGUCCACAAAGCUAUCAGUGACUUCUUGUGCAACGAGUCGUGCUUCGCGCUGCUCAUCAAAGUCUCUGAUGAUCUCCAGCCGCUUCCUGCCAUUACACCCGAGAAACACUUGGAACCAGACUUGAUGGCCUCGCUCUCCCUCCUCGACGGCUACAUCACUCCCAGAUCUCCACUUUAUGUCAUCAUCAGAGAGCAGGGCAGACUAGUGUUCAUCACCUAUGUUCCUUUUCUGGCCCCUCAGGAUCAGCGAAAGCUCAUCAUGGACGAAAGGUUGGCUGUAGCUGCCGAAUUAGGCGCCGAAAAUCUUUUGUAUGCAUGUAUCUGCAAGGAGCCUGCCGACAUUCUGGAUUGGCGAGCGUGGGAGUCAAGAGAAGCGUCGUUAAGCAAAUUCGAGAGUCCAGAACACAUGGAUGAGGGAGAGAACAGGGUAGUGCACGCGACGCAGGGUAUGCCACGAUUCGUGGAUCUCGGUUACACCAAACACCAUUGCAGACUGUGUGAUCGCCGCCUGACAAUGCCCAUAACAGAUGAGGCCAAAGCGGCACUAACGAACUUGAUGUCGAGAGGAUCUACUUUUGUCGACGUUCCAACCGAGACUAUCACACUUGGGCUGUCCGAGAUUCAUGCACUACCGUCUGAGCUUCCGUCCAAAGUCUCACCACAACCAAGCUUCACCUUCUACAAUCAUUCCGAAUCCGGCUCGCUCAUUUUCAUCUAUUGCUGCCCGCCAGACGCCACAGUCAAGGCUCGUAUGACCCAUACCAUGGCAGUUCCGGGACUGGUAAAUGUGAUUGCGAGGGAAGCGGGCGUGGAAGUGACCAGGAAGAUAGAAAUUGAUGGUCCCGAAGACUUGACCCCGGAUUUACUAGGCUAGGAAACUGCGCCAUACCUAGCAAUCACCCCGAAACGCCCACGCGGUUGGCGACGCACUUCGGAGGUCUGUGUCCAUUCCGGGGGACGGUGGAGACAAACGCACGUUAUACUGCAUGCAUGGUAUGGUAUACACUCUCCCCCCCCCGUACGGACUGGACACAGCCGUGCGCAAAACAUGGGUUUUUGUAUGUAAAAUCCCCUGUUCUACGCACGGUGGUGUCCAGUCCGUACAGGGGGGAGAGUGUAGAGAGUCUCAUUUCCCAAAUCAACGGUUCUAAUGUCUCCACGCUCCGGC